CGAGCGCCAAUCAGCGACAAGCGCGGCGUCGCAGCCGCCCCGGUAGCCGUCGGCCAUAUUGGACAGCCCCGGAACGGCCACGAAGUCUCUCCUCGCGGGCCGCCAUAGCGGACCACUGGGUCUUGGGCUUCUUGCGCGGCCCCCCGGCUCCUGCUUCAGAGGUCCCCCCCUCCCCCCCCUUCCUGCCAACUUUCCUCCAAAACUCCUUCCCUCGCUCGGCGUCGUCCUCGCGCAAGACUCCCUUCGGGAACGACUCGCCAUGGAAGAACAGUCUCAGCCGACGUCGUCUCAGCAGCAGCACGCUGUCAUCCCAGGACCGUCGGGCCACCAGCAGGCGCCCGGACUGAGCCCGGCCGAGCAGUCUAACAGCUGGGCGAUGGAGCAAGAGCUGCAACAGAAGGCUGCCGCCCAGCAAGCGGCUCAACAGGCCGCGCAGCAGGCCGCUCAACAAGCCGCCGCUCAACAGGCCGCUCAACAAGCCGUCCAACAGGCCGCCCAACAAGCCGCUCAGCAAGCCGCCCAGCAGGCCGCUCAGCAGCAGCAACAGCAGGUCGCCCACCAGGUGGCGACACCCGUGUCGACGCAGCAGCAGCAGCAAGCGCCGUCGGUGACGGCCGCCUCGCAGCAGCAGCAGCAGCAGCAGCCGUGGUCGCCCGGGGCAGCAGCAGCCGCCGCCGCCAGAGGCGGGGCUCCUUCCCCAGAAGUUCCCCAGGUAUCCCUAGGCGGCGGAGUCGUCGUCUCCGUCUCGGAGGCGGCCGAGGCGUCCCCCGAUGCCACGCCCCCGUCGGCCGUCGGCGAGGCCCCGCCCCCGAGCGGCUCCCCGUCGGGUCCGCAGGGCCCCACUCCGGUGGCCGUGACAUGCAGCUUCGCGGCGGACGAGCACAGCCCGGCGAGCAUCAGUAGCCUGAAGGCCCUGAACCCGGUGGACGCCCUGCCGCCGCCGGCGGGCGAUGACAAGGAGCUGCUCUAUCAGUCGCUCAGCUCCUCCACCAUCAUGGUCAGCACGUACGGCACGCCCCAGUACGCGCAGGGUUACGCCGUGGCCAGCUCACCCUACCCGAACCGGCAGGUCACCGCCGAGCAGGUCUACGUCAAGGCGGGCAGCGGCGGCGGCCUCAGCCCCCCGGCGUACGCUACGGCGCACCAGGGAGCCGAGCUGGGCGGCUCGCCGCCGUCGUCCAUGUACCCGCCGCUGAGCAUGUACAUGCCGCAGGCGCAAGCGUGGCAGACAGGCGGCCAACUCGAGACGACUCACAACGGCUACACGCUGCAACCGGCCGCGCUGAGCCCCGGUUCGGCGGCGGCGCUCGUCGAAGACGGACGUGGUGUGGCCGGUGGCAACGGCGCUGGGGCCAACGGCUUCGCGCCCUUCCCGACCCAGUACCUGCGCUCGGACAUGUCGUGGUCCGUGUACGACAACAGUGCGACGUUGGCCGCUAUGCCGCAGCCCGCCUACGCCACCGACUCCAUGGGCCGGAUACUCUCGCCCGAUGGCAACGUCUGCGCAAAUACCUGCAACUGCAGCUUCCACCUUCUAGGGCAUGAGCGUCUGCAGGAGUUCUACAGCAACGAGAGCAAGGAGUGCGUCAACUGCGGCGCCAUCUCGACUCCGCUAUGGCGGCGCGACUGCACGGGACACUACCUGUGCAACGCGUGCGGUCUCUACUCCAAGAUGAACGGCGCCAACAGGCCGCUUAUGAGGCCGGCCAAACGCAUGACACCCCCCGAAUCCGGCAGUGACGUUCGUUACAGGACGUACACGAAACAGCAGCCGCAACAGCAGCAACAGCCUCAGCACCACCAACAGCAGCAGCAGCAGCAACAGCAGCAGCCUCCCAACCGGCGGGUCGGUCUGCAGUGCUCAAACUGUGCCACUUCGACGACGACGCUGUGGAGGCGCAACAACCAGGGAGAGCCAGUCUGCAACGCCUGCGGUCUCUACUACAAGCUGCACAACGUUAACAGGCCCCUGGCGAUGAAGAAAGAAGGCAUCCAGACGCGAAAGCGGAAGCCCAAGAGCGCCAACGCUGACGGCAAGUCGUCCAAGAGCUCGAGCAAGAUGAGCGCCGCAGCCGCCGCAGCGGCCGCGCACGAAGCCAUGGACAGCAAGCGUAUGAUGCCCAUGUACUCCACCAUGAUCACCGCUGACCACAACAUCGCCGCGUACGGCAUGCAGGUUCGCAGGGCGAGUCCCGACAAAGGCCUCGGGUGCGCGUCUGGCGUGCUGCCCGCUUACGCCCCGACCGCCGUCAUCAAGCACGAAGUGUCGUCCAUGCCAGAGUCGCCGGGGGGCAUGAACGUCGACAUGAUGGGCAACGCCGUCGGCGAGUCGCACAGUCCUCGCUCGCUCUCCUCACCCAUCGCGCCGUCGUCGGCGGCGCUCAACAAGCAUCUGCACGGACUGCGCAUGAGUCCCCUGGACGUGCAACCGGUCACCAGUAGCCCGCUGCUGAUGACCGGCGACAUGCAGUCCGCCAACGUGUACCAGACGCCGACCAGCGUGCUCGUGCAGGUCGACCAGAGCAAAAUGCAGCAGGGGAACCCUUCCACCAUCAUCCAGCAUCAUCACUCGUCUUAAAGAUGCCCUCCUACUCUUUCUUCCUCCUUGUCCUCCUGCUUUCAGCGUCGAUCCCUCAGAGGGCCGGACUUUCUGGGACUCCUGCAGCCAACAACAAGCAGCGAUAACGCUGGCUUUGGCGUCGAUGGGGACAACACUCCUAAAGAGACCACUCCUCAAGGGACCGUCUGUCAAGAGACCACAAGCCACGAAACUGUCCUGCAACCAGCCAGAAGCAGCGAGUGUGCGGACUUCCUCGUCAAUGAGGACCACACUCCUCAAGAGACCAUCCGUCAAGAUACCACUCCCAGGUCCAUUGCCUUAUAAGAACAGGUCUUCUGUGCAUCAAUUUAUCAGAAGCGUGGCCCGGUUGGUUUAUCUGAUAGGAAAUAAAAAAAAAAACGGUUUGCCCCGACAUUUACCGCCUAAAGCAAGCCAGCAAACGUUCGAAGCACUUCAACCGGACUGAAAUGACAGAAGUUGUCCGCAGUUCUCAUGAGUUGAAGCAGUUCCUCAGUUAUUUGACUCAGCAAGUGACGUGCGGAUUUCACAGCACAGACAUUCCAGGACAUGCUCUAGCGUACACAUUGGCAGCCAUCUUGCACUUCGUACCGGGGCAAUAAUUGCGAGCAGGCACAAUUGCACUUAAACGGUUACCAGCGACGGCCCAGCCCUGUUCUCUAACCAUGGAACACUGCUUGUCCGAUGAUGAGCUGGACCUGAUGAGCUGGAAAUCAAAGCGAUCAAACACGACUCGCAACACCGCCCUUGUUCGCCUUUCUGGUUUCUUUUCAAGAAGCAAGAGACCAAGUACCUGUGUCAUGCAAUGAACUACCUUGUGCAUCGCCGGCGCCGUGACCGCCGAUGAACAAUACUUCUCCGUGCCCAUAUCGCCUGUGCCAUUGCGAGAACCGCUGAGGUUGCUGCAGUUCGGUGCAGUGACUGCUCAGCAUUGCAGCCAAAGUGUGUGUGUGUGCGUCAGCAGAGCGCCGAUCAUCCAGCAGGGAAGGAAAAAAAAAAAAAAACUGACAAUGCACUUAUUAAAUACAGCACUUCCAGUGGGUUGCUUUUCUUUGUCUCUCGCAGGAUAUUAUCCGGUUAAAGCAGUCCGCGAAGCCUGCCUACGAAAGCCUGCCCUCAUACUUUGAAAUACUCGCUCUAUGUGGCAAUACCGUGCAAACGCGAUUCGAGUAGUUUUCUCGCUAGCAUUUCGUUUAGUGAAUGACACUAAUGUGACCAAAGGUUGGCCGUGAUGAGUCCGGAGCCGUAUGUGGCUAAGUGCCAUCUCUGUCACUACAAAUCUUGGUUCACUAGAGUAAUCAACAGCAGCCGUACAAGCGAAACCUCGACAGCGUUUCGACAGGAGCCAUUGUUUUCCUCAGGGCUCUGACGACAGCUCCACUUGUCAAAAAUUUGGCCCCUGGUUGAGGCUUCGCUUCCUUGCUCACUGCUGAUUACUUCGUCUCCAUUUGCUGUGAGCGCUUUGUCUUGUGCGGUCGGUUGCAGAGAAUGGCGAACGUGAGUUCAAUUGUUACACCACGCGAACAAUCGCACCUCAAAACUGUACCCCCCCCCCCCCCCCCCCAAUUCAUGCAUUGCGUCGAGCGAUCGAUGCAUACCAGAAUCUUGGAGUGAGAUUAGGAAAAAUUUAUCUCGCAAGGCAAGCUUGAGAAGAAGCGUAACCACCUUAGCUCCAGAACGCAAGCAAUCAGCUACGCUUUAUCUUUUCACGAGUAGGCAAUGAAGGGUGCCGGACUGUUUUAAGCGGGGACGUCAUGCGGGCGUUUAUGCUAGACAAACAGGGUUAAACUGACUUAGGAACUUUCUUGAGGAAUGGGGAUGGCUCGAAUCCACUCUGUAGCUUUUGACACUCGAUCUUCUCCCCUUUCGUUGGCGCGCCGUAUCGUUCCUUCCUUUCACUCAUAGGUCACAUCUUGUGUAGAUAAGAAUUCGGGGCACAUCUUUUCAUAAUCUUAUCCGGGAUACCUGAAGCGGGGCCAAUUUUUUGUUUGUUUGUUGUUUCUUCUCACCUCCUCGUGGAACUCCGCGCGAAGUGUUGUGGUUGUGCGCGGCGGCGUGGCGCCAGACUGACGUGUGGUGAAGUGCGAACAAUGCCUUUUCGGUGCCUGACGUGCGAUACGUUGUGCACCAAUCAAAUGAUUUCCAGCGCGGACGUUGCACGUACAGUGUUUGUUUGUUUCUUGUUUCCCAAUGCACUUGUCAGAUACGAUGUUCGAAGCAAUAGAAACAAGUUUCUAAAGAA